CUAAACAUUUUGAUCUAUUGUAAUUGCACAAACCAUCAGUCUUCCGCGGCCAUUUCUAAAGAAAUGUCAUGUUGUAACCUAGGCAACGUCGGAGAAGCACACGUGAAUAAAGUUUGAGGUUUCUAAUAUUCUUGGAAAUUGUAAGAAUUACGUGAUGGAUUUUUUAAUUCAUGUGCUAUCUAAUCGACUAGUGAAUAAAAUGGGGGAUGUUUUGUGGCUAAAUAUCAAGAAAUUUAUUAAAGGAAGGGAUGGUACAUUAAGCCAAAUAUGAUAGCAGAGAGUAAAUGGAAUUAUAUACAAAAUGUGAGCAUCAAAGAUGAACAGGAUUGAUCCACGUUUUGGCAUCGCAGUGUUGUUAUGAUAAACAAAAUAACGUGCGCGAGUUUCAGUUUCUGUUCCAAUGUUAUAUUAGUACGGUCUUAAUUUUCGACAACAAACUUUUUUUACUAAUCCGAAUAAAUCUCUAAAGUUUCCAAAACUACUUUAAUAAUUAAGCUGCCAUUGCACGUGCCGUUUCCGCCCAACAUAUGCCAAAUCCAGAUAUCGAGUAUCGCGGUAAUUCUGCUCGGAAAACUUUCGCAAUAUUUGAAGUUGAAAAGAAUUUACGAGAGAAGUUGGCUCGAGUAAAAAAGUAAAAACAAUGUGAUGUUUCAGGCGUACUCAACGAUAAUAGAAACAAUAAAUAAAUAAAUAAAUAAAAAGUGUUUGUGUGAAAAAGUAUAUCCAAGUGUUGAUGAACGAUGCCGCCGAGCGCCGGAGAGACGCUCCGCGCGUGGCUUCUGUCCGCCCUGGUGGUGCACGGAGCGGUCGCCGGCAAUCCGGACGCGAAGCGACUCUACGACGAUCUCCUCAGCAAUUACAACAAGUUAGUAAGGCCCGUGGUCAACACCUCGGACGUGCUCAGGGUCUGUAUUAAGCUCAAGUUGUCGCAGCUGAUCGACGUGAAUCUGAAGAACCAAAUAAUGACAACAAACUUAUGGGUCGAGCAGAGCUGGUACGAUUACAAACUUCGUUGGGAACCGAAGGAGUACGGAGGCGUUCACAUGCUCCACGUUCCUUCUGAUCAUAUAUGGAGGCCAGAUAUAGUUCUUUAUAAUAAUGCCGAUGGUAACUACGAAGUGACGAUAAUGACGAAGGCGACCGUUUUCUAUACUGGAUUAGUGAUAUGGCAGCCGCCGGCCGUUUAUAAGUCCUCGUGCUCCAUUGACGUUGAGUUUUUCCCAUAUGACGUCCAGACUUGCGUUCUGAAGCUCGGCAGUUGGACAUAUGACGGUUUCAAGGUCGAUUUAAGGCACAUGGAUGAGAAGUCUGGAAGCAACAUCGUCGACGUCGGUGUCGAUUUAUCUGAGUUUUACAUGUCUGUGGAAUGGGAUAUCCUAGAAGUGCCGGCAGUCAGGAAUGAAAAGUUCUACACUUGUUGUGACGAGCCCUACUUAGAUAUCACAUUCAAUAUAACUAUGAGAAGGAAAACUCUUUUUUAUACGGUUAAUAUAAUAAUUCCCUGCAUGGGAAUUAGCUUUUUGACAGUGCUGACCUUUUAUCUUCCUUCGGACAGUGGUGAAAAGGUUACUCUAUCUAUCUCGAUUUUGAUUAGUCUCCACGUGUUCUUUCUGCUGGUUGUCGAAAUUAUACCGCCAACAUCGUUAGUUGUGCCGUUGCUCGGAAAAUACUUAAUAUUUGCUAUGAUAUUGGUAUCGAUUAGUAUAUGCGUGACAGUGGUGGUCCUGAAUGUACAUUUUAGGUCCCCUCAAACGCACAGAAUGGCACCAUGGGUAAAGCGCGUUUUCAUACAUAUUCUUCCCAGGCUGCUGUUCAUGCGAAGGCCGCAAUAUAAAUUUGAAACACAUGGGCAUGCUUCUGGUGGUGUUUUAAUGCGGACGGUGCGUGGAAAAGACGUCCCAUCUUAUUUUCCCUAUCAUCCCAAUUCUUCGGAGGAUCAGAGAUAUAUCAGCAGGACAUCGUCGAAGGAAGAUUUAUCUCCAGCCAGUCUCGGUGAGAUCGGACCGUUCGGUGGAAGUUGUCAGAUUCACGGUCCUCCGGCUUUGUCGCAUCUCGGCAGCGACAUCGACGAUGCGGACGGCGGUAUCAAAAGCCCGAGCGUCUUACUGAACCCGGCAUUCUCUCACGAAUGCUGCCCGCCGCGGAUGCACAAAUCCUGCUUCUGCGUCAGGUUUAUCGCGGAACACACGCGAAUGUUGGAGGACUCCACAAAGGUGAAAGAAGACUGGAAGUACGUCGCCAUGGUGCUCGAUCGUUUGUUUCUUUGGAUUUUUACUUUAGCGGUACUGGCGGGGACCGCAGGAAUAAUCUUACAGGCGCCCACAUUGUACGACGACCGAGUGCCUAUCGAUAAAAAAUUCUCCGAAUUCGCAACGACAACCGUCGUACGAUGUCCGCCGCAAUAGCGGCAGCUGCGCGCUAUCUACGCUACGAUGGCGGCCUGAAUUAUAUGUUUUGGUGCUUA